CAAUCUCUUUCAGUCUCUCUUUCUCUCUCCACCGUUCACUUCCUUCAGUCAUCUUGUACUCUCUCUAUCUCUCUAUAAAAGCAAAGACAACUAGCCAUAAACUGUUCCCACUCUCUCCUCAAACCCACACACAAUCACAAACUUACCUUUUUCACCCAUGGCUGACCCUUACUCCAAUUUUUUCUCAUCCUCUUCCUUCUUCCGUUUCAAUCACCAUUUCCCAUCUUCAAACCCUUCUCCUCACGCUCCCUAUGUCCACCACAACUUCAUCAACCACUCCAAAACAACCGACACCACUUUUUUCCACUACCACCACCACCACAACCAUACUUCUUCCACAACUGCAACUUUUUCUUCUUUUCCACCUUCCCCUCCUUUGAGAGAAGAACUACCCCUUCUGAGACUCAGUCCGGCCAAGCAAGAGGAGGAGGAGGAGGACCUGUCUUGCACUGGACCCAUGGAUGUGGAGGAGAGGAUGCACAUCCACCCCAAAGAGGAAGAAGAUGAUGAAGAUGGCACUGUCACUGUUGCACUCCACAUAGGGUUGCCAAGCCCUAGUGCUGCUGAGAUGGCUUCCGUCCUCUCUUCUUCCUCGGAGACCACUGACAAAGAUCAUGGAGAUGGUGCUGCUGAGGAUUCUUCUGCUGGCUUCAGACUCAACAAGGGCCAGUACUGGAUCCCUACUCCUUCUCAGAUUCUCAUUGGUCCUACUCAGUUUUCUUGCCCUGUUUGCUGCAAAACUUUCAACAGAUACAACAACAUGCAGAUGCAUAUGUGGGGGCAUGGAUCACAGUACAGAAAAGGACCUGAAUCUCUGAGGGGUACCCAACCAACGGGCAUGCUGAGGCUUCCUUGCUAUUGUUGUGCUCCGGGGUGCAGAAACAACAUUGAUCACCCGAGAUCAAAGCCUCUCAAAGACUUUAGAACACUUCAAACGCAUUACAAAAGGAAGCAUGGGAUUAAACCUUUCAUGUGUAGGAAAUGCGGUAAGGCUUUUGCGGUGAGGGGCGAUUGGAGAACUCAUGAGAAGAACUGUGGCAAGCUCUGGUACUGCAUCUGCGGCUCCGAUUUCAAGCACAAGAGAUCUCUUAAAGACCAUAUUAAAGCUUUUGGAAGUGGCCAUGCAGCUUAUGGAAUCGAUGGUUUCGAAGAAGAAGAUGAGCCAGCAUCUGAAGUAGAACAAGAUAACGAUGAUUCCACACAGUGAUUAACGAGACUGCUGGGUUUAUGUAUGUGAAUUAUCCUAGUUAUUUUGUCCAACGAUUG